AUUAAUUUUAAAAAUGUUUUCAUUAAAUAUUGUUAAAUUAAUUUUUUUAUUAUUUUAUUUUAUUUUAUAUACAAAAGCAAAAACGAAUUCGCAAAAAACAAUAGAUCAACUAGAUAAGUUACUAAUGUAUCCUGGAUGGAAAAACAUAAAAGAUAUAAAAUAUAUAAAAUAUUAUGAUGCAAAAUAUUAUCUUCAGAAUCUUAUUAAAACACCUACACAUGGCCUUCAACUUGCUCAUAAGAUACGGGCUUUAACUAUAUAUCUUGGAUGCACAUAUGCAAAAGUUAUGAAUAAUCUUUUUUCAAUAAUUUUUAACUGCAUACAAUUUUUUAAAAUACAAAAUGACUUAAUAAAUGGAUGCAUUUAUACCGAAGAGCUCAUAAACAUAAUAUCCAAAUUAAUUGUUCCAAUGGCAACAUUAAUGAAAGGUGCCAUGGACACUUUAGAUUUAUUACAUAAUAAACCAUGGGCUACUUUUAAAAGAAACUGCAAUCACUACAUAAUGAGUCGUGUGUUAGGGAGAAUAGGAGAUAUUCUUGACAAAUUAAACCAUCGAACUCUAUUCAGUGUUGAUAUAUCUGUCUACAUUGCGACAUUAGAUUUAAUAUAUUCAUUUUUUAAUGAGAUAAAUACAUAUUUAGAACAUGACACUUAUCAAUAUUGCGAAUUGGUGCCUUAUGAUGAGAACUAUUUAUGGAAUAAAUGGGUUCAAGAAUAUAAAGUUAUUCAUAAUGACAAGAAAUUUGUAUUUUUACAAUUUUUAUCCAGAAAAAUUAAAAAUUAUAUCAUGGAAGAAAUUCAAAAAAAGUAUUUUGAACUGGGAUUUCUAUUUGAUCCAAUAACUGAAGAGACAUUUAUACCAACAUCAGAGAGUCUAAUUUAUCCAGAAAUAGAAUUUAAAUAACAGAUGAAGAAAGACUAAAAACUAAGAAUUUGGAACUGUUGAGUGAUGUCGCAUUAAAUAAUAUCCAGAUCUUGUAGUCAUUUAAUUUCCUCUUUCAUUAAUACCUCUGAGACAUUCAUCAAAUUUUGUUAAUUCAAUCUGUUCUAUAUAUAUGUUACAUUAUUAUUUUUAUAUUAUUAAAUUAUGUUUAAUAUAAUAAUAUGAGACUAUUUAAAGCAAUUUAUUAUAAUACAACAGAUGUGUU